GCUACUCUAAACUCAACUCAUCAAAAUGUCUGGCCGCGGCAAAGGAGGAAAAGUCAAGGGAAAGGCAAAGUCCCGAUCAUCUCGUGCCGGACUUCAGUUCCCAGUUGGUCGUAUCCAUCGUCUGCUCCGCAAGGGCAACUACGCAGAACGUGUCGGAGCUGGAGCUCCCGUCUAUCUGGCCGCUGUCAUGGAAUAUCUGGCAGCUGAAGUGCUGGAAUUGGCAGGAAACGCCGCUCGUGACAACAAGAAGACCCGUAUCAUCCCGCGUCAUCUUCAGCUGGCCAUCCGCAAUGACGAGGAGUUGAACAAACUGCUCUCGGGCGUCACCAUCGCUCAGGGAGGUGUUUUGCCCAACAUCCAAGCCGUUCUGCUGCCCAAGAAGACCGAAAAGAAGGCUUAAACUGGAAUCGUCUCUACUCACAACCAAACCGUCCUUUUCAGGACGACAAAUUUGUUUUAUAAGAGUUGGUUGGUGCUUAUGUCCUUACAAAUUCGACAAAUCAUUAGCGUAAGCUGAACACCUUAUUUAAUGUAAUAAUGUAAUAAAAAUGGAAUAUUGGAAAUGUGCAAACAUAUUAAAAAACAGUAUGAAGACGUGCAGCGCCUGGGAAAUGUCCUGCAUCGCAUUCAACAUUUCAUUGAGCAUACUAUUGCUUACUCAAAUACUGCGUUUUAAGAAAUCAGUUCAGUUGUAGUUACUGUAGUAUCUGAACUUAAUAUGAAAUGCUUUUUUUAGCAAGCUGGCUAAUCAAAUUACCUUUCAGAUGAGAGAUUUACAGUUUCGAGCGAGAUUCAUAGCCCGCUAUUACAAAGGGUGAUAAAACCUCUUCUGUGCUGACUGUAACUCAACCGCAAGCCUUUUAUAUUUAUCCCAAAAUUCACGAGUUUUAUCUCUUAUUUUUAAGUACCAAUAGUGACUACAGAUUUGUUUGUCAAUAAUUGUGAAUACGGAUUUAACAGUUUUUUUUUAAAUAAGCCUAUUCAAUAACAAAAAUGAUGCCCCCAAUAAAACAAUCAAACAAAAACUCUGUCCGUGAGCGAUUGUCUCGCAUGAAUG